AUGGCAGCGGGUUCUGCAAAUCCUCUACCCUAUGUUUAUAAAAGGGAAUAUGGGGAUAUAAGAAAUAUUAAAUCAAAUUUCUUUAACAAACGUUUAGCUGUUGCGAAAAAUUUGUACCGACGAGAUCUUUUGUGCCAUUUUGGAUGUGUGAACGCUAUUGAGUUUUCCAGCAAUGGCGAAUUUCUUGUAUCAGGUGGCGAUGACCGGAGGGUAAUGCUAUGGCAGUUUGGACAAGCGAUUCUCGACAAAGGCAAGCCGGAGCCUAUGAAAGGCUUGCACCAGUCCAAUGUGUUCUGUCUCGGUAUCACCAAUGACAACCAGAAGAUAUAUUCCGGUGGUAAUGAUGAUAUUGUGAUAGUACAUGACACGGAGAGUAAGUGUCCGCUAGAAGUGAUACAGCAUCAGCGAGCAGUAUGCAGCCUCAGCAUCGACCCAUUCAAUGAUCGAGUGGUCACCACCGCUGGCAAUGAUGGACGACUCCUACUCUUUGAUACAAGGCAAUCUAUGCAUGAAUCACUGGUCGUAACUCGUUGUCGCAAAGCAUUCCAUGGUGUGAUGUUCCACCCGACGCAGUCAGGCAUACUCGCCUCCGCUAACGCACGCGAUGGAGCCGCUCUAUGGGACCUACGCUCACAUAAACAUCCUGUUCUCCGGUAUUCGGGUGGGAAUGGCACUUGCCAGAACUGUAUGAGUGUUCGGUUUAACUCAUCUGGUACUCAUAUGUUGGCUCUCCGGAGACGUCAAGCUCCAGUCCUAUACGCUGUACAUUCCCCGGAGCCUGUGGCCGAGUUCUUUCACCAAGACUAUUACAACUCCUGUACAAUGAAGAGCUCUACGUUUGCUGGAGAGGAUGACAAGUUCGUUAUGUCAGGGUCUGAUGACUUCAACCUCUACAUGUGGAAGAUACCGGAAGAUGGUGCUGGUUACCAUGUACCGGUGGCACCCCCGCACAUAGUCCUGUAUGGCCAUAGGUCUAUAGUAAAUCAAGUGAGGUAUAACCCUCACUACUGCCUAAUCGCUUCAUCUGGCGUAGAGAAAAUUAUAAAGGUGUGGUCAGCGUUGGAGUUCCCGAAGAUGCGCGGCACGUUACUGGAGGAGGCUCAAGGCUCAGACAAUCCGCGGGAAAUAUACAGCCACGAGGACUAUGUCUCCCUGGUACAUCACAGUGGCCAAUACAUAUCGCACAACUACGCGGACCAGUCGACGAGCGAGGACCCGCGUAUGAUGGCAUUCUUCGACUCCCUCGUUCAAAGAGAGUUGGAGUGCUUGGGCGAUGAGACGGACUCCCUCGACGGGUCCAGUUCCUGUCACUCCACACUAAAUAAUGAUUCAGACUCAUCUGAUACUGACCAGAUUAUCUUGGACUUCCUGCCGUUACCACGGAAACGAGUGACAGCAAAUCAAAAUGGAAAUCGCAGUCAACGUGUCCCCAACAGACUGGCGCGGCUAGUCGCACAGCGGUAUCCGAAGAACUUGCGCUCGCAGAAGAGAGGAUCCCUUAGGAGGAGUAAACAAUCGCGGGUGUCGUUGAACAAGUCCAGCAGUAAGUGUGUGAGCGGUGCCAGUGGCAAGGGCAAGCGCGCCGUCAGUCGCCGCGUGCGGGGCCCGCGCCGGCCCGCGCCGCGCGCCCUGCGCCCCGCCACGCACUCGCGCGUCUCUGCACCGUCCAGCGAACGGACCGACUCCGACGAACCCACGCACAGCAUGUUCCGGAAUAGUGGCAGGAUGAUCAGACCUCCCCUACGACGACGGGUAAACCUCACAAGAACUGCAAAAAGAAAAAACAAAGUCACUAGUUAUAGAAAACCACUAAAUUUAAGGAGUAAUGGAGCAGCCAUGGCACAAGACAGUAGUGAUAAUAAUUUUUCUAACUUUGAUAAUUUUGAUGACAAUUUAGCUCAACCAAGCACUAGCACAGGUUACAGGGGCCAAAGCACAUCAGGGCUAUUUAGAAUAGUGGAGGUAGACUCAGAUGACGACCAGUCAGUGAGCAGCCGGCCGAUAUCUCCACGAAACCAGAACGGCAACCAAAGCAUUCCGCCAAACCUCGUCAGCAUUAUACCUACACCUAUCAACGGGUCGAGAGACUCGCUAGGAGAGUCACUGCGAGUCGAACCUCCAGAGUCAGAGAGCAAUAACUCAUCACCUCCACCUCCUGAGCACAGGCGGAUGAAUUUACGAAGAGUGCGACGGAAUGGUCGGCUCAGCCUACAUCGGUCAGAUUCCAGCGAAUCACCGCCUCCCAAGGAACCAGCAGAUCGGGCUAGCACAUCGACCGCCGUAGAACAGCAUUCGCCCAAAGUAGGAUACAACAGGACUGUCGCGAGACUCAUGAAUGAAACCAAUGAGAGUGAGUUGGAAAGUAGCUGUAGUACUGAGAGCUGUAGUAUGUGGGCUGCGCCUGAAGCUUGCACCCCGGACAGUGGAGUAGGAACAGUAGCCGGCAGCAGUACCAGAAACCCGCUACCCACAGACGACGUGUCCGACGACCCAGAGUAUCAAGCCUUCAAAUUCCGACAACGAGUGAAAAAGGCGCGGCGCAACUACAGAGAACACAUGGACUCAGACUCUAACUGA